UUUAAAUCUAUCAUCAAUCUUCCACGAAAUUGUAUAUAAAUACCAAGUCCUAACCUCAGGCUUGGUAGUCGUGCAAGAGAGAUAAGACAAUAUAAUCAGAGAGACACGAUGGGGAGAUCGCCUUGUUGCGAUGAGAAUGGUCUAAAGAAAGGGCCAUGGACUCCUGAAGAAGAUCAAAAGCUUAUUGAUUACAUUCAUAAACAUGGCCAUGGAAGCUGGAGAGCCCUUCCAAAGCUCGCAGAUUUAAACCGAUGUGGAAAGAGUUGUAGACUAAGGUGGACAAAUUACUUGAGACCUGAUAUCAAAAGAGGAAAGUUUUCCGCAGAAGAAGAGCAAACAAUCCUCCAUCUCCAUUCUAUUCUCGGGAAUAAAUGGUCUGCUAUUGCAACACAUUUGCAAGGACGUACUGAUAAUGAGAUCAAGAACUUUUGGAACACACAUCUAAAGAAGAAACUGAUCCAAAUGGGAAUCGAUCCUGUGACCCAUCAACCAAGAACCGACCUUUUCGCAAGCUUACCUCAGCUCAUAGCCUUAGCAAACCUAAAAGACCUCAUUGAACAAACAUCACAGUUCUCAUCCAUUCAAGCUGAGGCAGCUCAACUAGCCAAGCUACAAUAUCUCAAUGGUAUGCAUAAUUCUUCGGCUUCAUUAUCCAACAACAACAACAAUAGCCCCAGUAGUAUUCUCGAUAUCGAUCAAAACCAUGCCAUUAAUCUCUUAAACUCUAUGGUCUCAUGGAAUAAAGAACACAACUCGAAAUUCAAUCCCGCUCUUGAACUUGAGGCUGAAGAUCAAAAUGAAGGUUUAUUUCCAAUCGGGUCCAUCAUUGAUUCAACCACCCAACAACUCCAACAACAACAAUAUCAUUUAAACAAUAGUCCUAUUGAACAACCAUCCCAAGGUGACCCACUUCUUGAUCAUGUCCCUUUCAAUCUACAAACAUCUUUGAAUAGUGAAGAUCACUUUAUAGACACUUUAGUCAAACAUCCAAUAGAUCAAGAUCAUGAUGAUCCAUCUUCAUGGAUUCUGCCUUCUCUUAUAGACAACAGCCCUAAAAAUGCUAUGUCUUCUCUUCCUUACAACAAUCCAACGGAUGCGAGCAGCAGCUCAAGCUAUGGCGCUGGGGAAAGUGCGUCACUUUAUUGGCCUGACUUUUGCUUCGACGAAAGCCUUAUCAACGAUAUUUCUUAAUUAGUUUUGGCAUAUUGUUCUUAUAAAUUCUGUUAUUAUAUACGCAUGUCUAGUUGGAUUACGUUUGAUCAAGCUGAGUUUCUUCUUAGAAAAAUAUAUUCGUUUGUUGUGUUCGUCGUUUUAGUCUUGUAAGGUGUCGUUCGAUUAUACAUUCCUUUCUGUUUUAAUUUUUAUGUAAUUAGACGCGACAUUUAUGUUUUUUUUGUGCGUUUAUACACGACAUGAAAUAUAUGUUAGAUAGAAUGUUUGUACACAGUUUUCAAUGUGUUAUAGUUUUUCUACAUAUACAGUACUUGAUGCUAAAAAGCAUUAUUUCAUUUUAUAACCGAUUUGUCAUAUAUACAUCAUGCGAGUGAAACAUUUUACUUUCAUUUGGUAUCUCUCAAAAUCGAGGAAUAAUAAGCUAGGAAUCGAUAGAGAUCCACUAAAAUUGAUAAGAUAUACUGAAGGAGAAUGUCAACCAUGGUUCUUGACUAAUGCUUUAACAACAGAUGUGAUACCGCCUCAAGUCUUACGCUUGUAGAGUCUUUGCUUGGUAGAUGGUUCUGGGACUUGUACAUCUUUGUACAAUGGAUGUUGAUGAACAUGGAUUGAUGGUGAUGGACGGACACAGCUCUUGGGUACAAAAAAUAUAAGACAAAGAAAAUCUUCAUUUCAUACAAAAUUAGAAGCGAUUUGACGGACUAUGGAGAGCAUGUUGUAUCAUUUAACGUGUCAAUGCUUUGGUACGGAUUGCAAAGAGGUAAUAGCAAUCCCUGACUCAUGUCCAAGCUUUUCGAUGGAGAUGAAAGAUAUUAAAGAUCUCAAGAACAUGCUCAAAGAUUUCAAGAUCACAUAUAAUCCCUAGGGGACAUAAUGGUACUGCAGAUCAUUUAGUUAAGACAACAAGAUCAUUUUACAGGAAUAUUUGUUUUGUUGGUUAUUCUAUUUGGUAUGCUUAUUUAGAACAUCUCAAGUAUGAGUAAUAUAAUGGUCUUUUGUCGUAAAACAAUACUAUCUUAUCUAUUACUAGUCAAAUCAAUAUCUAUCUAGCUAUCUAUAAUAAUAAAUGAAGUUUCUCUCCCUCCGUAUGUAGCCACAUCAUCAAUUGUAUAUGGACUUUUUGUGACACCUUGCACAUCUUCCACUUUUUAUUAUCGUUAGAAAAAGUUCUGCAGAUCCAAUUUUUUGUUCAAUUUAUAACAAAAAUGUCUUCUCUUUGAGCUUUUUGCAGUCGUUUUAUUCAGAGCCCCAGUUGUUGGGGUCAAAAUUGGUCACGGAGAAAUCAACGCCGAAAAGUUUCUGAGAAAUAUUUCCUCUAAAAAGAGAAAUCAAAAAACCAUGUUUAGAGCUUUGUAUAAAUCUGAAAAGGUGUUAUCGAAGGACGACUUCCGGGAAAAAAUAAUGAAAUGGAAAGAAGGCCAACUAUAAUUCUCCCAACCAUACAAAUCACCCGAAGAUAGCCAAAACUCGAUCUUGACGUGUCCGUCCAGCUCACCAUAUGGCGAGUCGGACCGUCCAGUCCCGUAUGGCGAGCACGAUUGCACCUAGCAAACAUCUCACACUCUCGUCUCGUCUUCGAGCUUCGGUCACACAGUCUCUCGUUUCAUCGCGAUUGGAGUUACCGUUGUCUGACUACAAGAUUAAUUCGAGCUAUUCAAAAAAGUGACGUCAUACCAAAGGUGAUUUCUCGAAGAAAUCAUACAAACGCUUAAGUCGUAAAACGGUCCGAAAAGGCCUAAAACAUGGCCAGAAGCCCACUUACGAAUUCAAUGAGCGUAAGCCCAAGGAUAUUAUGACGGUCUAUUUUAGUUUGCAGGAAAUGAUAAAUGUUAAGUUUGAUUUAUCGAGUUUCGAGAAAAAUGUCAAAGUUUCGAAGGAUAAUGAUGAAGAUCGGGAAAAAAUAAUAUUUUCGCGAAGGGAUAAACUUGACCUUGGGGCAAAAAGGAUAAGCAUAAACCAACCCAAGAGGAGUAUAUAAAGGAUUCUAAGGCGAGAUGAGCAAGGGAGAGAACUUUUUACAUCCAGAGCAAACUUAGAGCAAUAAGAAAUUUUCCAUUUUUGUUAUCAAACUGCAACUCAACUAGGUUUUCAAGUCUUAGGUGGUUAGAACUAGGAACUCGCCGACAGCUCUUACGGCCGAGGCUUACCUGUCAUAAUACUUAUACACAAAUUCGGAAUAAGACAUUUCUUUGCUCUUUUUCGAUUUAUUCAAGUUAUUAUGUUUGUAUGUUUGCUUGGUCUGAUUACUUGACGUUUGGCUUAGCAGAAAUUCAGGACUUCUGGGAAAGCUAGGUUUGCUUGACUUUCCUAAUUUAACAGAAAUCGACGGUGUGAAUUUUGGUUCCCGCACCAGUGUCUAUAGAGCUUCAUCAUUUUUAAGAAUAUGACAAAUAGAGCUCAGCCGUGGCUUCCCAUCUCUUCAGGUGAUGCCUCUGCUGAAGAACUAUCUACAAGGCUUUGGUUUUCAUUUAUAUACUCCUUAAAUUUUUGCAUUUACAUGAUUUAUCCCACUUGUCCACUCUGUAGCAUUGAAUCGAGCUCUUCAUCUUACAAGAUAACCGGCGGAAGCUCUCGUAUAAAUCUAUUCGUCUCUCCAUGCAUUUUAUAAAUCAAUCAAUUCUUUGUUCUUUGUUUCCCAGCAAUCAGUGGACGAUAGAUGUUGAUGCGCCUCAGUCAUUGGAUCAGUACAUGAAACCAGACCAGACUGAUGUUCAGACCGUUCAGAACGACUCAGCCGAGGUUAGUCUAUCCGACCGUUCCGAUCAGGACGUCCGAGCCGUGUACCGUCUCGACCUACUUACAUCCGGAAGGGAGCUUCGGCUAGAUCCACGACCAGAUGUCCGACCUAACCGUACCAGAGCUCGUCCUUCCCAACCAUCUCGACAAGUUAAAGCCAACAGCCGAACCAGACUUGACUUGGGUCGUGAGGUUUCCCAAAACGGUCACGACUUCUCUCUCUUUGGCCGUUUGGUGCGUACCAAGUGUCUUGAAGACCGAACCGACAGACUGUCUCUCAUGUCUGAUGCACUGAUGGAUUUCUAUCCCUCAAUUUUCUCUAAGGCACGAAUCAUAAAGCUAUCUGAAGACUUAGGCCGCAUCAGUGCACUACUCGAUCACCCGGCGGACUGUCCAGACCAUCCCGCGUUCGUCCAGCUCCUUACAGCGACGAAACCAACUUAGCCGGAUGAAUCUAGACAUCAGCCGAAGGGUCACCUUGACCAGAUCUGAUCUGAAGAGUUUAUUUGACUGACUUUCAACAUUCUCAGUCAACUUUAUUAUUUCCUAAGUGUUUUUAUUUAUGUCUUGCCUUGACCACAAGUAGUAUAAAUAUGUAAACUCUUUCUCAUAAUCGAUCAAUCGAUUUUCUUUCAAAGUUUAUGAGUUUAUUUCUUUGUUCUUUGCUUAGAACAGACUUGUUUCUUGUCGAGUGAUUCUCCAAGUAAACACAUCUUCCCUUGUUGGUCUUGACGUAACAUUCCAAACCACAACCGAAGCAGGUAGUAUUAGAAGGUCUUUCCGCAACCUUUUGUGUCGCCUUUCAAACCACCCAGUUCUCCCAUCUUUGGCGAGUUCAUAUCCAAAGUUCCGUUGAGUGAUCAUGUCCGAAUCUAGGACAUAUCAGAUGUCACUUCAUCCGACAAUGAUGACGAUGGAUCGUAUCUUUGAUGAUCAGGUUGCCCAGUUCAUUCGUAACCUCCACACACAAAGAUUUGUUUCCCUCUUGUCCGCUUUCAAAGUAGAGUAUUUGGAGAUGGACACAUGUUUUAAAAUCAUAAACACAAGUUAGUCACCGGCCGCCUCACAAGCCUAUCGCAUAUUUACGUGUUUCUAAUUUCGUAAGCUUUGAUGAGAUUCAGUAUAAGUUUCCUCUUAUGUGUAUUUGUUUUUUCUGCUGCUGCACCAAUGUCUUCCCCAUAUGCUGCACUGAGUAUUCUUUUUAUGGAACAGUUAGAAAACAGUGACACAUUUAAUAAACAUUGCAAGACAUUUUAAUGGAGUUUUUACGGAUAAGUUUUAUGUGUCUGGAUUUUGAGAGAGAACCACCACAUCUUUUACUCUUAGUUUAGAGAAGUAUAAGUCUCUCUCUUUUUCCAAACUGUCUAUGUAUAAUUAUGUGAUCUGUAUCAAAGAAAUUGAGUGAGUCCGCCUUUUUUGUAUGAUUUCGACUAAUUUCAGAAACUGAUGUGAUCAAAGAGAGACGCAUUAUUUUUCAUCAUAAACAGCAGGCACAAGUUUAGAUUAUUUAGACGAAGGGGCUUUUGAAGAGUGGGGAUUCACAGUUUUGGAUGAUGGUGGUUUGUGUUUACAGGUUCCAUGUAGAUGAAGCUCUAAAUAGAGCUGAAGAAGAAAAAGAAGAAUAUUGUAGUCUAGCUGUAAUUCACGUGUGUUACUAAUCUAAACAGAAACGGAAGAAGACAUAUUCCAUGAGUUUAGAAUUAGCUUUGAUUUGUCAUCAUAUCUUUGCCACGAAGAUCAAAAAUGGUAAAAGAAAAAAAUGCUCGAAAGAAACCCAAACAAAGACUAAGUGCUCAACAAGUCUUGCAUAAGCCAUAAAACCAUGAAAUUCAUAGUUUACUAAGAUUAUGGAACUUAAUCAUGGUUUUUUCAGGCUAUCCAUGGAUAAAGAGAUAGCUUUACAAUCUUUUGAUUUGUAGAUGGUUUUCAUGAGAAAAUCGAUGAUAUGUGUUUCACUUGAAGAUGAAUGCGAAAAAGAUUUCAGGAGAAGAGAUUUAGUCUUAGAGAAACAUGGGCUGGAGUGUAACUUAUAAAAAUUCAAAAAAGCAUUCUUCCAAGAAGACACCAAUCUUGACAACUCCGACAUCAGUGGCCUACCACAAAGCU